UUGAGGAAGGGACCAUGACAGAGAAAGUCUACCUUUCUGUUAAUACCACAUAUUCUGCAAGCCACACUAUCGGAAUGCAUUGUAUCCUCAUUGCUUGAUCUAUAUCCACUUUAAACGCUUUGCGACCAUCCAGACGCCAACCAUGACGACGGUAAUUACAACGGCUCGCACCACCACCAACGAGUUCAAGCCGUCGAUUGAACUGCAAAGCAAAAAGCCCACCACCAAAAGUAUAACCUCAGCCUUACCGGGAGCCGUAUCCGAUUCGUCCGAGGCUCGCUACUGGUCCAAUAAAUUCGGAUUAGGUGAUGCCUCCGGUAGUAUCCCACAAUUCGCACAUCCGCGUAAGCUGCUCCUCAAAGCCGGCUCGGCGGCGAUGGUGCACAAAGUCCUGUUCGGACCAGCAGCCUUUACUUCGUUCAACCCGUUGGCCGUUGUCAGCGGACCUCGAGUACGUUUGUACGGAACAACACAACAGAGCACUUUUCAUCGUCAGUUAACCCGUCAUUCACGACGAGUCGCGAAUGAUAUUGUCGCCGACCGACAAGUCCAAACGGGAGGACAUUUGGCUCUGACGGCGGCCUACCGUCACGAUGGACGCCUGAUGGCGGUUGGUUUGGAAAACGGGCAAGUCCGGAUUGCCGACGCCACCUCGCGGGCCACCUUGUGUACCUUCGAGUCCACCACCACGGCAAAGCUACCGAUGAGGGUUUUACAGUGGUUUCGCGAUGGACAACAUCUACUUUCCGCCGGCGACGAUGGUGUGGUGCGCGUAUGGCAACUGUCGCAGGGAGCACUGGGUGCGCGGAAUGCGCUUUUGGAAUUGACAGGACAUGGAGACGCCAUACGAUGUGCGGAAUUGUGGCAGAUGCCAGCGAAGGAGUCUCAAGGCAGCUGGCCGAAUCGAGCCUUGGCCUUUACUGGCAGCUACGAUCACACCAUUCGUAUUUGGAGCAUGGACGAUAUUGUGUCUGCAAAGCAACAAGAAGAUUCGAAAGAGAUACCACAGGAGGACCGGUGUUUGUCAGUUUUGUCACACGGUGCUCCGGUUGAGGCAAUUCUCCUGAUGCCUUCGACGGAUCCCAACGUGCCGGUUUGGCUCUUAUCUGUGGGCGGAACCGCUGUCAAGGUGUGGAAUCCACUUACGGGAUUAUGCGUCUCGACGACACUGGCCCAACAUCGCAAAACGAUCACGAGUUUGAUCGCAGCACCCCGAGAAAAUUCCGAAACCGGAGAAACCUACGUACGGAUUGUGACGGCUGGCUUGGAUGGUCUCUUUCGUGUGCACACGUGGGACAGUCAGACAGGUCAAAUAGCACAUUUGCAUGGCAUCAAGUUACCAAUGUCGAUCACUUGCUUGGCCAUGAACGAGGCUGCGGAUCGGUUAGCGAUUGGAACCAUAGAGGGAACGGUUUUGGUCCGGCAAAAGGGACCUAGCCUUACACAGCAUAAACGCCAGCGCGAGCCUAAGGCCGGAACGUAUUCCUUCUUCACGAGAGGAAUGAAUGCGGACGUUGUUGAAGGAGACUAUGUGGUAGAAGCAACAAGCAAGAAGCGAAAGCUACGAAAUUUUGAUAUUGCGUUGAAGGAAUUUCGUUACGGGGAUGCGCUGGACGAAGCUCUAAAGACGCGCAUUCCACAAGUGGUGGUGGCCGUAUUGGAAGAGCUCGGAAAACGCAGAGGCCUGACGAUUGCGCUAUCAAACCGCGACGAAGAAAGCUUAGAGCCGCUGCUUUCCUUUACGGUACGCUACGUUGCUCGCCCUCGGUUUUCUGCAUUAUUGGUGGGUGUGGCGAACAAACUGAUUGAUAUUUACAGCAACGUUUCUGGACAGUCCGAAGUAAUCGACGAACUGUUCGAUAAGCUGACCACACAGGUUUCCGGUGAAUGCCGCGCUCAGAAGAUGUUGCUCCGUGUCAUGGGACAGUUAGACGCGAUCAUGUCCACGGCGGAAAGGGACGAAAGUAGAUAA